UUUCCACACACAGGACAUUGACUUGUAAGUCCAAGAAACCAAAAACCAAACGCAAGCGUAGACUUGGUAAUUAUAAACUUGAAAUGUCCUGCUUGCUAAUGAAACGUAAGACACGACAUUCCCUGGCUAUUAUCACCUCUCAAACGAUAGGUUGACUGAUGAUGUUCUAGUUAAGCUCUCUUUGUUGCUUUGAUUACAGAUAAUCCAUGGAUCCAGCUUGCACGCCAACUGCUUCAGGAACCAUCCUCCUCCUCCUCCUGUUGUGGUGCCUCUCUUUCCUUUCCACAGCAGACGAUAUUUAUCAUCCCACUGACCUCUUCAGCGUCAGCUGUGGCUCAUCCACCAACUUCUCCACUCCCGACACUCGGAAUUGGACUUCAGACAAUCACUUCCUCUCUCCAACCAACCUAUCAGUUUCUGCUCCUUCACUCACACAGUCUACCAUCCAGGGUCCCUACACCCAUGCUCGUCUCUCCUACUCACCAUUCACUUACUCAUUCCCUCUCACACAAGGCCCCAAGUUCAUUCGUCUCUUCUUCUACUCAACUUCAUACCAGAACUUUAAUCGCUCCCUAGCCUCUUUCUCAGUCAAAGCAGGCCCCUACACCCUCCUUCAAGAUUUCAAUUCUUCCCUCAACGCCGAUGCUGAUGAUGAUCCUAGCCACCCUGACAUCUUGCUCAAAGAGUAUUGCAUCAACCUUCAAGAUGGUGACAAGCUCAACAUAACCUUCCUUCCUAGCACCAGAUAUUCCUACGCUUUCAUCAACGGGAUCGAGAUUGUUUCGAUGCCCUCUUAUCUCUACUACACCGAUCCUGACGACUUCAUGGAGCAACCGCAAAUUGUUGCCACCGUCAUGACCCCAUAUGUCAUUAAGAACAAGUUUGCUCUCGAGACCAUGUACAGGUUAGUCGCUUCCGGAAUUGAAAUCCCUUCCUCAGGGGACACAGGUAUGCUCAGAACGUGGGAACCUGACAUCAAGUACAUAACUACUCAAAGUAGAGUAUCAGUUUCUUAUAGGAAAGAUGAAAAGCUGACGUUCAUUAAAAACUACACGGCACCAGAUCAAGUGUACAAAACCGUUCGGAGUAUGGGACUUAAUGGCUCUAUCAACAUGGGUUUCAAUCUUACAUGGCAGCUUCCCGUUGAUUCAGGCUUCUUCUACAUGCUACGGUUGCACUUUUGCCAGCUUGAUCCGGCGGUUAACUACCCUGGUGACCUGAUUUUCAACAUCUUCAUAGCGGAUCAGUUGGCUAGCGAUCGGGCAGACGUUCUCAUUUGGACUGAUAAUCGGAAGGGUGUAACGGUAGUUAAAGACUACGUAGUUUCGAUACAAGGGAAUCUUGACAAAACAAAUGUAUCAGUGAAACUGCAUCCUCUGCCUGGAAGCCGGGGCAAAGACGCGGUUAUCAACGCAAUUGAAGUCUUUAAAAUCAACAACUCAACAGGUAGUCUCGCUGGACAAAACCCAAACCUUCCUCCACAAAAGCCCAAGGUUCCCCUUAGCUCAAACAAGAGAACUAGCGUCAUCACGAAAAGCCGAGAAGCCAUACUAGGAGCAGUUGCAGGAUUCCUUUUGCUCUCUUCUAUUGUUGUUUUCUUCCUCAUCAAAUGCAAAAAGAAUAUCACCCUUGAAAGUGGUUCCAGCAAAAAAGGCGGAACUUCUCGCGGGGGUGGCUCGUCGCUGCCAACCAACCUCUGCCGCUACUUCUCCAUAGCAGAAAUCAGAGCCGCCACCAAUAACUUCGACGAACAAAUGGUGGUUGGCGUCGGAGGCUUCGGCAACGUGUACAAAGGCUACGUAGAUGAGGGUUCAGUACCUGUUGCAAUCAAAAGGCUCAAACCCGGUUCUCAGCAAGGUAUGCAGGAGUUCAUGAACGAAAUCGAAAUGCUCUCUCAACUUCGUCAUCUCCAUCUUGUUUCCCUCAUCGGUUACUGUUACGAGAACGGCGAGAUGAUACUUAUUUAUGAUUUCAUGGAACGCGGAACCCUCAGCGACCAUCUCUACGGCUCUGACAAUCAGUCCUUGACGUGGAAGCAAAGGGUCCAGAUCUGCAUAGGUGCCGCAGGAGGGCUCCACUAUCUGCAUACAGGUGCAAAGCACGUCAUCAUUCACCGUGAUGUGAAGAGUACCAAUAUUUUAUUGGAUGAAAAAUGGGUGGCCAAAGUUUCAGACUUCGGGUUAUCCAGAAUUGGGCCCACGAGUUCUUCAAUGACCCAUGUGAGUACCCAGGUGAAGGGCAGUAUUGGGUAUUUAGACCCGGAGUAUUAUAAACGACAGCGGUUGUCGGAGAAGUCUGACGUGUACUCGUUUGGGGUUGUGUUGUUGGAGGUAUUGUGUGGGAGGCAGCCUUUGCUCCGUAUGGUGGAGAAGCAACAGGUGUCUCUUGUUGAUUGGGCAAAACAUAGAUAUCAGAAGGGGUGUUUGGGUGAAAUCGUGGAUCCAGCACUGAAGGGUAAGAUCACACCCCAGUGUUUGCAAAAAUUUGGAGAGGUCGCAAUGACCUGUUUGCUGGAGGAUGGGACCCAAAGGCCUUCCAUGAACGACAUCAUUGGAACGCUGGAGCUUGUUCUGCAGCUUCAUGAAAGUGGUAAUAGUGGAGUGAUGAUGGACACUGGUGGGGGUUACGAAGAUAGUGAGGACAUGUUUAGCAGCAGUCAUAGUGGUGCAAUAGAAUUUACAGAUUAUAGUAAUAGCAGUAGAUUUAACACCGCGGGCAUUUCAGAUGAUAGCUAUGGGAGCAAGCAAUCUGACAGGUUGCUACCUGAGAAUGUAUUCUCUGAGAUUAAGGAUCCAAAGGGACGAUGAGGUAGGAGCAGUACACAAGUUCAAGCUGAGUUUGAGACUUAGGAUAAGAGCAAUAUGUAAGAUUUGUUCUUAAGAUAAAUCUUAAAUUCCGCGGAGAUAUUAAUCUAAAAUG